UAUGGUAUUGGCGAGAGCCGCAUGUGUGGUUCUUUUUAGAAACAUUAACACCAUGGCACAGCACAGAUUCAUUGAUAUUGGUGUGAACCUGACAGAUCCCAUGUUCAGAGGUCUCUACAGAGGGAAGCAGAAACAUGACGAUGACUUCAGCCAGAUCAUCGACAGAGCUCUACAGGUCGGAGUCGAAAAGUUCAUGAUCACAGGAGGAAACCUUGAAGACAGCAAGGAAGCUCUGAAACUAGCAGAGACCAGAGAUGAGUUCUACUGCACGGUCGGCUGCCAUCCCACCCGCUGCCGUGAGUUUGAGCAGAAUGGAGAAACUGAGUACUUCUCGGGGCUGAGGGAGCUGGCAGCAGCGCACAGAGGGAAGGUGGUGGCCGUCGGAGAGUGUGGAUUAGAUUUUGACAGGUUGGAAUUUUGCCCAAAAGAGACUCAGCUCAAAUACUUUGAGAAGCAGUUUGACCUGGCGGAGGAGACCAAGCUGCCCAUGUUCCUCCACUGCAGAAACUCUCAUCAGGAGUUCAUCGACAUCAUGAAGAGAAACCGAGACCGAUGUGUUGGUGGAGUGGUGCACUCUUUUGACGGAACGCCUGAAGACGCUGCUGCUCUCAUUGAGAUGGACCUCUACAUUGGAAUAAAUGGAUGUUCCUUGAAAACAGAAGCCAAUAUUGAAGCGAUGAAGUCUAUCCCCACUGAGAGGCUCAUGAUCGAAACAGAUGCUCCGUGGUGUGGCGUGAAGAACACUCAUGCAGGCUCCAAACAUGUUAAAACUACAUUUCCCACAAAGAAGAAAUGGGAGGCAGGACACUGUCUGAAGGACAGGAAUGAGCCCUGUCACAUCAUACAAGUUCUGGAGGUGAUGGCAGCUGCGAGGGAAGAGGAUGCACUGGAACUGGCCAACACAAUCUACAACAACACCAUCAAAGUCUUCUUCAGCUCGAGCUGAUAACAGAUGAGACUGACCGAUAUACCCUUAGUGUACUUAAAUGUAAAUGUGUCUGUUUGUGUGUAUGACUGUUGGAAUGAUAGGUUCAUGGGUGAAACUUUUUAAUUUUGAAAAGUCAAACUACUUCCAAUCUGUCUUAUUCUGAAAUAAAUAAAUAAUAAUAAUAGAAAA